CGCCAGCCAUCCCUUCCGCGUCUCGCUCCGCCGCGUUUCCCGCUGCUGCCCUUAUCCUCCAGUGACGAGGUGACGGCGGUAGCUCUCGCUAUUAUCCACCUCUCUCCUACCGUUUUCACGUAAGAGUUUGUAAUCAUUACUCGUUACAUUCCUCUGCGCUUUCGUUACUAGUGUCUGAUUCAAGUGCUUCAGUGAUCGCCGAAAAUGGUGUUCAAGGGGAAGCCGACCUUCGAUGUAACACCGCCGGACGAUUUCGACCCGAGUAACCCGUACGCGGAUCCGGUGGCGAUGCUGGAGCAUCGCGAAUGGCUGGUUCGCGAAAAGAUGGUCGCGAUUGAGCGUGCGAAGUUGCUUCGCGAACAGCUGAAGCAGUGUUACCGCACGGAAGGGGUGAAUCAUAUUAAGAACUGCAGCGGCUUAGUUGAGAAAUACCUGUCGUCGAUUAAGAACGUCGGGUGGGGUAAGGACACGCGGAUCCACAAGCUCUACAGCGAUACCGCGGAGCAGAGCUGAUCUUGUAACGGGACAACCUUAUAACGAGUCUAUGUUGCGAUACGGCCCGAACUACGUACAAAAUAUUAAAUGGAUUUGCUGGUACUGGUAUUAUUCGCUUAUGCUUGACAUUUGCACGCACAUGAUUUCCUCCAGACCUGUUUGUCUUUCCGUCUUGAAACCAAACUGUUAUUGAUUGAUCUAUAGGCCUCUUGAACUGCAAUGCCUCUCAGACUCCUCGGGAUUAUCACGUUCCUCUACAGGCCGCAUUACAGCAAUUGAAGGUGCUGGGAGAAUAGUCUAUUGGAGGUGGGGCUGGAUAGCAAGCAAAACCCCACAUUUGGUACUAGUAAAGGGGUCGUUUACCUGGUCUGGCAAAUCAAGCCUGCUCCUGAAGUUUUGUCGCCACACAUGGCCUUCCCUGCUGCCCUGUUGAAAUAUGAUGCUGCCAUUCAAUAAGUACUUCGGUUACUUAAGGUUCAUAUGUGUCACUAUUUGGGAAUUUCCCAUAAC